AUGGUAACUGAAGRCGAAGCAAAACAACUUAAGAUAAGGAGGAGAAACGCGAAGUCAGCUCUCACGAGGCAAGGGAAAGCUCUUACACAAGUAAUUGAGGCRCAAMGAAGUGAAACGGAGGUAAGAGAUUGCCUAGAACGAUGUAGAYGCGCUUAUGACGAUUUGGUCAUGAAGCAUGAGGAAUAUACGCAAUGUAUUGAAGACGAUGAUGAAUUUGAAGAACAAGAACGAUGGCUUGACCAAUGUCAAGAWCAGUUUAUGAAACUAGACUUUGACGCCCGAGAUUACCUCAAAGGCGCUACGGAAAAUAACACGGAAAAUGAGCAGAUUAACGAUGUACCUAACGAUAACCCGAAUAAUGAUAAUGAAUUGCCUGAAGAUAUACCCGGAGAGCAAAAUGAAGAAAAUAAUGAUGAUAAUAAUGUUGUUGAUGAUGUGAUGUUAAAUGCUGCUGCCGGAAAUGUAUCAGAUGUAAAGAAUGUGAAGAAUGACAAGAAUGUUUGCGGAUUUAAAGUUGAAAAACCAAAGAUGCCGAAAUUUACCGGAGAUGUUAGAGAAUAUGCUAUAUUUAGAUCGGACUUUAWGCACAUUAUUGGAUCCUCGUUUAGUAAAAGAGACUCGAUAACUUUGCUACGCUCAUCGCUGCAAGGAAAGCCACUAGAGCUAAUCAAGGGGAUCGGAUCGGAUUACGAUGCCGCGUGGGAGUAUCUGGACUCAAUCUAUGGCGACCCGCGUUUCGUUGCAGACACGGUGAGCCAUGAUUUGAACAAAUUUAAACCACUAAGAAGUGAUGAAGACGCAAGGUUUUGCGACCUUGUACAUCUCAUUAGAAGAAGUUUUAACACGCUGAAGGAGGUCGGACGGCCUCAUGAUAUGGACAAUAACCAUAUGUUAGCAGUAAUCGAACAAAAGCUAAGCAGUGAUGACAGGAAGGUUUGGUCACGCCACCUGGAAAGUAAACAAAGUCCCGCGACGUUAUCAGCCAUGAUUGAUUGGAUGACCGCAGAAAUGAAAAGCCGAAUGAGAGCCGCCSCGCCGGUGAGAACGGCCGCAACAACACCGAAACCCGCAGUUAGUGCUGUAUCGGUCGUCAGCGAGACAAGUAAGCCAUUCCACAAAUGCUGGAUUUGCAAGAGCUCCGAUCAUUGGUUAGACAAGUGCACAAAGUUCCUAGGAAUGGACUCUAAGGAAAGGUUCGACUUAGUAAAAGAAAACCAUGCUUGUUUCAGCUGUCUAAAGAAAGGCGGAAGAAGUCACAGAGCGGCGACUUGCACACGCAAACGUCUCUGUACCACCAACGACUGUAAUCAGUACCACCACAACUUGAUCCACGUUGAUUCUAACUCAGCAGUUAAACCAAUGGUUAGUUCCCUUUCUAUGAAAACCGAAGCGAUGCUACCUGUUGUGCAGGCAGAUAUUCUUGGCCCGGAGAAUAACGUACUACGAGGAAAUGUUCUUCUUGACUCUGGUKYGCAAAUAAGUCUGAUUCGAUUAGACCUGGCUAAAGAACUUAAGUUAAAAGGAAAGGAAGCUGAUGUCACGAUAACAAAAGUCGGAUGUGAURAAGAAGAGUUAAAGACAAAGAUGUACAAAGUGAACAUUCGUUCUAUAGAAAACAACACAACGCAUACAGUACAUGCACUUGGUAUGCCUUCCAUAAGCACUGACAUCACAGAAUUGAGACUCAAUGACAUAGCAAGACGCCUGGAUAUAAGUGUUAACGCCUUAAGAAGAGAAAGUGGCCCAAUAGMUUUGCUCAUCGGUAUUGACCAAGCACAGUUACACACAGGUGUAACAAAGCAAAAUGGAAAYCUGGUUGCAAGAUAUUCGCCACUUGGGUGGGUAGUGUUURGUGCAAAACCUAACGCAAAGUCACACAUCAACACUGUGCUACAUUACAAGUUGAAUUCGCCAAUAGACUUAUCAGACUUUUGGACCACAGAAACAAUGGGCGUUAGUGUAAAGUCUUGCGACUGUGAAUCAAGUAAGCUAAGCCAAAUUGAGCAACAAGAAGCCAGAUGCAUUGAGAAUUCCUGUCAAAAGGUGGGAAAUCAAUGGCUCAUUCCGUAUCCAUGGAAACGAGACCCUAAACUGUUACCGGACAACAAAGUGCAAGCGUUAAAGAGGCUACAGACCACCGAGCAGAGACUUUUGAGAAAUUCAGAACAUGCAAAGGCRUACGACGGUCAAAUGAAGGAAAUGGAGGAAAUGAACUUUGCAAGAAAACUCACAGACAAAGAAAUACAAGAGUACAAAGGACCAGUUCAUUACCUAUCACACCAUGCAAUAAUCAGACCAGAGAAGAAAAGCACUCCCGUACGCAUAGUAUUCAACUCGUCGUCAAUCUACCAAGGUCAUCGCCUAAACGACUUCUGGAUGAAAGGACCARACCUGCUGAACAACCUGUUCGGAGUCCUACUGCGUUUCAGAGAGAAUGAAGUAGCAUUCACCGGUGACAUUUCUAAGAUGUAUCACAGAGUAUUGAUUACAGAGGAAGACCAACACGUCCACCGCUUCCUAUGGAGAAACCUGGACACGACUCGAGAGCCCGAUACAUACGUUAAGACAGUACUCACGUUUGGCGACAAACCCRCACCUGCGAUGGCYCAGAUAGCACUACAAAAGACAGCAGACGAAGGCAAGGAGAAAUAUCCCGAGGCUGCCCAGGUCCUUAAACAGAACACAUACAUGGAUGAUAUCUGCGAGUCUGUACACACUACUGAGGAAGCUGAAAAGAUCAUGACAGACAUAGACAAAGUACUCGAGAAUGGUGGCUUCAAAGUCAAAGGAUGGUUGUCAAACGAGCUUAACAACACACAAGGUCCYCAGGAACAACAAACAAAGCCUUUACACGGGAGCACUGACGAGAAAGUACUUGGCUCUUACUGGAACAGUACGGAAGACCUGUUGUCAUUUAAAUCAAACACAGACCCGAAAAUCGCUGAAAAAAUGACGAAGCGCAGCAUACUCAGUCAAGUAGCUAAAAUCUUUGACCCAAUUGGUUUGGCGUCCGCUUUCUUAGUUCGURCAAAGAUYGGAAUGCAAAGACUGUGGCAAAAGGGAUUGGAAUGGGAUGACGAGCUUCCCGACGACACUAAGCAAGAAUGGCUCCAGCUAUUUACAGAGAUGGAAGAGCUGAACAAAGUAGCCUUCCCCAGAAGUUUGACUCCAAAAGGUGCCUAUGGGGACCCGAUACUCUGCAUAUUCUCGGACGCUUCAGAAAACGCGUUUGGAGCAUGUGCUUAUGUACGAUGGCAAGUCAGUGACACUGAGUUCGAAUCACGAUUUGUAGCAGCAAAGUCAAGAGUUGCACCUCUGAAACCGCUGACCAUACCGAGACUGGAGCUACAGGCUGCUGUUCUGGCCAGUAGAUUAUGUAAAGCCAUCACGCAAGAAUCCCGUAUGCAGUUUGAAAAGGUUGUGUUCUUCACAGACAGCAUGAUAGUCAUAGCGUGGAUUCGCAGCCAGGCACGAGGUUUUAAACCCUUUGUGUCAAUCCGCAUCGCAGAAAUCCAGUCCAACUCAGAUCCCUCGCAGUGGAGACAUCUACCCGGCGAUCUCAAUGUAGCUGAUGAAGUUUCACGAGGUAUUGCUGUCCAAGAGCUAACAGGCAGAUGRCAGCAUGGACCAGAUUUCCUGCGUCAACCAGAAGAUCAAUGGCCAAARUCAGAAACAACCACACAGCAAGUCGAAAGCGAAGUAACCAAGRAAAUGCGCAAAGUGCAAGUUUGCAAUGUUAACACCACCAGUCAACAAGACCUGAUCGAUUACGAGAGAUUCUCAUCCUGGAGAAAAUUAGWACGCGUAACAGCCUAUGUCCUCAAGUUUAUCUCAGCACUCAAAGCUCGCCGUCGGAGGGAAAUAGAUUGCAGUACCCUCACCCCAGCAAUGAUGCAUGACGCAGAAGUUCAUCUACUGAAAAGAGCACAAAAGRAACUUCACGGAAGGAUGCGCAAAGGAGAAUUCCAAUCAUUAUGCCCAUAUGUAGACGAGUCUGAUGGUCUAAUUCGAGUAGGAGGAAGAGUUGACAAUGCCCAACAAAUUUCGUACGAUACCAGACACCCGAUUCWUCUACCUGCCAAGCAUAGGAUAUCUCAUCUUAUUACACGACAUAUGCACAUGAUGGGACACGUUGGCGUCGCAGCAACUGUAGCAAAAGUGAGACAUAAKUACUGGGUUCUUCAAGCRCACCGCCUAGCAAAGACCAUCCGAUUUAGAUGUGUCACAUGUAGAAAGAUUCAGCACCAACCGGAGGCUCAGUURAUGGGUGAACUACCAACUCAACGAUUAUCACCACACACACCGCCAUUUKACAACACGUCAGUCGACUACUUUGGACCCUACAAUGUCCGUUUUGGAAGGAACAAAACCAARAAGCACUAUGGUGUCAUAUUUACAUGCCUAAAUACAAGAGCUGUUCAYCUGGAACUAGCWACUGAAUGCUCAGCUAUGGAGUUCAUUCAAGUAUUAAGAAGAUUUCUUUCACUCAGAGGUCACCCCGCAUUUAUGCUAAGUGACAAUGGUACGCAGUUUGUCGGCGCAGAGAGAGAACUGAAGGAGAUGGUGCAGGGAUGGGACGCAGAGGCCCUUAAAGAAUUUGCUGCUGAAAGAGGUAUUGAGUGGAGAUUUAUUACACCUGGAGCUCCCCACCACAAUGGAUGUACUGAAGCACUAGUAAAGAGUUGCAAGCUCGCACUGAAGAAAGCAGUMGGCGAACAAGUCCUCCACCCAAUGGAGUUCCAUACCGUGUUACAAGAAGUAGCAAAUCUUGUCAAUCAAAGGCCGAUCGGCAGAAUCCCGAGCGAUCCAAACGAUGGUUCAUAYUUAUGUCCUAAUGACAUACUGCUAGGACGAGCAUCGAGCCACAUCCCGCAAGGCCCGUUCAAGGARACUAAGAAUCCAAGAAGACGAGUAGAGUUUAUCCAGAAAAUCAUUGCUUCAUUUUGGAACAGAUGGAGCAGAGAUUACUUUUCCUUACUCAUUCCCAGAAUGAAGUGGAAAUCAGAGAAGAGAAAUCUGACAGUGAACGACAUAGUAAUGCUGGCAGACGCUAAUGCUGUCAGAGGAAAGUGGCAAAUUGGAAGAGUCCUUACAGUCUACCCAGGACGAGAUGGCAAGGUGAGAAGCGUCCAAGUGAGAACGACUACAGGAAGCUACAAGAGACCUGUUACUAAGGUUGCAGUUAUCUAUCCAUCAGAAGGAUAUGAAGAUUAA